AGUUUUCGUUCAGUUUUUUUUUGUUUAUAUUAGAAUGGAGAAAUCAAGUAGCAAUUCAGACGCGGAAAAUAAUAAAGACGAAGACCCGACUACUUCUAAACAACGUGGUAUAAACCCACUUCUGGUUUCCCAUAACAUGAAUGAUCUGAAAACUCUUGAUUUCAAUUCUGCUGAUGAAGUCAGACAAACCAUGAAAGCCGUGCUGGCGAGUAAAUUAUCAUCAGCCGAUACAGAAGAAUUAAUUCAAACGAAGCCAUCAAAUAAUAUAAAGCAGGAAAUAACAACGAGCGCUAUUAAUGGCUCUAAAACUUCAUUUCCGAAACUAGAUCCUAAAAUUAAAAACAAUGUCAUUCAAAUGAAGAAUAAGAGUAACUGGUCAUCUACGAAUAAAAUGAAUAGAAAAAGGCCUGGUCGACCGCCGAAAGCUGGACCAUCAAAGAAAUUAAAAAAGUCAAGUGUGACUGCAUUGUAUAUAGGCAAGUUGUCGAAUGUCGUCGCUUACAAGCAUAGAUGGCGUGAAGCAGAUUCAGAAUAUGAUUCAGACGUUGACUCGGUAAUGAUCCUGUACUAAAUCGAAUCGAAUAAAUUACACACUGUGAUAAAUUAUACACGUAUUCUUGCUAAAUCUCUUAUACUUUGAAGAUAUUUAUAUGUGCCUGAAUA